UAGUUAUAUCUAUGAACGUUUUUCUGUCGUCUGUGGCACGGUGUUGAACGAACGAUAGUAUUUGUGUAAUUUGUAAACUUUUGUGCAAUUUAAAAAAAAGUAGAGAAUUUACAAAAAACUUUGGAACAAUGUCAACAUCUGCUAAGUUGCUGUCCGAGGAUGAACUCGGGAGGAAAUGGGAUUCGUGUUUGCAUGAUACUGUUUUAAAAUUAGGUGGUGGCUUGGUAGUUGGUGGAAUAUUUUCUCUUCUUUUCUUCAGACGAAAAGCAUGGCCUAUAGCAAUGGGGUCAGGAUUUGGCCUGGGAAUGGCAUACUUGAACUGUGAACGAGCAGUUAAUGGCAUUAUAACGCAAAGCACUAUUGAGAAGGGUCAUUGAAGAAGGAAGGAACUUUUUGAGUUGUAGCAACAAUAUUUAAAAACUUUUAUACCAAAAAUGGAGCAAAAGCUUCAUCAGGCAUCUGGAUACGAAGUGAACUUUUGGUACCGUGGUUUGAGAGAAAGUUGUUUUCUUGUAUUUAUCUUUGUUAACUUUGGACACUUGUUUAAACAAAUGUUGUCCUAGUUUUUUUUAUGUUUCAGACAUUUAGCUGUAGGAAUAAUUUAUGAAAUAAAACUCUAUUAUGAAUACA